AUGAAAGGUGGGGAUAAACUUGGAGAAAAAAUGACGACAAAUGUUAAAAACACCUUUAACAGAGAUGUUUUUUUGCAGCAGCAGCAGCAGGAACGCGUCCCCAAGACGAAAAAAUUGCGGAAGAGGAGGAAAUGCCGGUGAAAAUCGAGGAACCCGACUCGUACGACGAGGGACCGCCGAACGAAGAGGACUGGUCCGAAACGGCGCCAGUCAAAGAGGAGGACCAAUCGGAGGAAGAGGACGAUUCGGACAGAAGCAUAAAAAUUGAGGAACCCGACGAUUACUAG